AUUCCGUUCCCACUACUGCUUGUUUCCGUACGGAGAGAUUUCUUGCAGGACUCAAAUGGACGAAACCGUCCCAGUGUUUUCGUUUUGCCAAAAUGUCAGGACUAUCAGAAACAGAGCGUGCUGGAUUUACGAAGAUACUGAGCCUAAUGACAAAAAACGACUUACUGUCACUCAGUGAUACGGUCACAAAUAAGAUGAUAGUCGUGGAAAACAUUACGGAAGCUAAAGAAACCAUUCUCUCCUUCACUAAAAAUGCCGAAGAGCUCCUGAGGAGGAAAAAGGUUCAGCGUGACCUGAUAUUCAAGUACCUGGCUACAGAAGGUGUGGCGAUGCCCCCAAACAGCGAGAAACACAUGCUUAUAAAGAGGACCCUGGAGCUGUGGUCCUCUGUAAAGGUGGUGGAUGAAAACACUCAAGGAGAGGUGGCUUCCUCAGAUGUGAACUGUGGGAUGGGCUUUGAUCCGCUGGUCCUCGGCCAGCAGUUCUGUCAGUGGUUCUUCCAGCUGUUGAACAGUCAAAACCUUUCACUUGGCCAACAGCCCCAAGACUGGGGACCACAACAUUUCUGGCCUGAUGUGAAGUUACGUCUCCUCUCCAAAGCUGGCAGUGAGCAGAUGGAGGAGUUUCUGGGUGCUGAUCUGGUUAGUCGUCGAUUCUUGGCACUGACCAGGGAUGAGCGUCUCCUCUUCAGUCCCAAUUUGGAUCCCCAUGGCCUCAAAGCCUUGACCUCUCCUCAUGGCUUGGUGUUGGUGGCUGUGGCUGGGACUAUUCACAGAGAUGCAGUCUGUCUGGGAAUCUUUGAACAAAUAUUUGGCCUUAUCCGCUCUCCUCUGGACAACAACAGCUGGAAGAUAAAGUUUGUCAACCUGAAAAUCAGAGGGCAGGAUGCUCUUAGUGGGACAGACAUGGCAGCACCUGCUUUGACCUACAAUUCCAGUGAACUGCAGCUUCUCUGUACCUGACAGUCAAGAUAUAUUAGUUUUAGAUUUAUUAGUUUUAUUUCCUUUCACAUUAUUUAUCCAAAAGUGGUGGUUUGGUCUUUUGGUUCUACUCAACACUCAUCUUAUUUGCAUGAACACUUAUUUUCAUGCAAUAAUAUAAAGGUAGGCUCAAACAGAUGCAUUUAAAUUGAAUAAUUACAUCAUAACAUGCAAAGCAGAAUUCUCAAAGAUUAUCCUAGAAGGUAAAUGGAUGGGCUGCUUUAAAUAUACUGUACCUUUUUGCUAAGCAUGUAGUGCUUUGGAAGCCUGUGCCUUAUGUAAAAUAUGUUCAAUGUAUAUAUUUGUGGUAUAGUAACAGUUAUACUGUCACUCAAAAGAUCUCUUAGAAAUGUCUUUUUUAGUAAAGAAAAGCACAUUUAAUUUUAUUUCAGCUGUAAAAAUUAAAAGAGUUGUAAGUGACUAUGAUUUUUAAUUGACUAUGUUCAUACAGAGCAGCCAGCAUUUCAGUGUCACAGCAGGACAUUGAGAUGCCUAAUGCAGGUUUAUAAUGCUAAUAGGCUUUUGUUUUCUGAGAUGGCACAACUGAAAGCAGUUAUACUUGUUCAAACAACAGUAAGCAAGAAUAGGUAUCAGCCUUUGCAUGUUUUAUUGUCUGAACAAAAGCAACCAAAUAUCUUCUGAAACUCUUCAGGUUAUUCUCGUUUAAACAAAUUCACGCGUUUUUCAUGCGGACAGUUGUUAAAAUGCAUCUUCCCUCACAGAACACAGCAAACUAACACAGCAGUUUUAUCCGUGCCAACGUAACUGCAAAGGAUUUAACAUAAACUUGCAUUAGGCAGCACAAUGUCCAAACAGAUGGUUGUAGAAAAUGGGCACCUGUGUGAUAUAUAGGCAUUUUAUUCAAGUUGUUCACAGUUCCUUUAAUCGGUGCCAUUCACAACAUUUCUCAAUAAUUUACUGUUGGAUUAAAUUUAAUUUUGAAUGUAUGUUUUUUUUAAAAGGAGUUUUAUGAGUAGCAAACUUUUGAGAUGUAUCGUAGCCCUUUAUUAACAAAUAAAUAUCUGUCUUUAUGUGACACUACCAAGUCAA